AUGGAGGAAGCAACAAGAGCGGACAAGCGGCUUGACAACCAGUCGGCAGCUCUGCGCAGAGGUCAUCAAGAUUUCACUGAGCUUUGCAACACCACGCCGCUUGGUCCAAGGCCAGCUGGAGCACAACUCUUGGCUUUUGAAAGGAAUUCUCCAUUCUCAUCACCACUAGGCGACGCCUUCAUAACAUCUGACAUCGAGGACUUCGAUCAGAGAGAUGUCACUGUCAAUGAGACCCACAAUUUGUACACUGACGCGGCAAAGAGAAGAUUUCGCCCAGAAACCAACAGUGGCGAUCGCAAGUCAGCAAUCCAUGAUAAGGAACGAAUAGAUAACGACACCAUCGAAUUUGUUGAGGAGCGCCAAAGGCAAAACGCACAAGCCUGUUCCCGUCUGACAGAUCAACAAGUCGCAGAACGAGAAGCCCGAUCCAAAGUGGAUGACGUGUUCAAUCGACGUAUCCAAGAUCUGUUGUACGAGAACGCAGGAGACAUGACCAAGGUUCAGAAGACGUUUUCCCAGGGCCGCGAAGUGAUGGAUGCGAAACAGCAAGAGGUCGUUUAG